CACGCGCAUAUUGAGUAUUAAAAGCAGUGGGGAAGUAACUAGAACAUGAUUGCUGAUAAGGUUUGGGCUGUUUGGAGAAACAAAAAACCUGUUAUCAUAACGUUGAAUUGUUUUCAAUGACACAGUCAAUACAAUGAUUUUAACUAUAAAACCACUUAAAGGAAAGGAGUGCAAUGUACAGGUCACAGAAGAUGAAAAAGUCUCCAUGGUGAAAGAACUAGUGUCUGAACGUCUGAAUAUACCUGCAAAUCAGCAGCGAUUGCUUUACAAGGGGAAAGCCCUUGCAGAUGAACACAGAUUGAGCGAUUAUUCCAUUGGGCCAGAGGCCAAGUUAAACUUGGUGGUUCGUCCAGCAGGGGAGAGGAGUGGGAUGGCUAGCAGUAGCAGUGCGGUCAGCGGGGUGUGGCAGACUCUGUCCACUGUACUAGCGAAACACUUCAGCCCUGCAGAUGCAGCUAAAGUCCAUGAACAGUUAAUCAAGGAUUAUGAACGUUCACUUCGGCAACUCAGUCUGGAUGACAUUGAGCGCCUGGCCGGGCGACUGCUUCACCCAGACAGCGAGGGCAUGGACACAUCGUACAUGGAUUGAAAACCUGCCUGACUUGACGGUAUUCUGGCGAUUCACAGAGGUGCAGUGGGUUGUACAGGGAUAACAUGAAAGGUUGACUAUAGUGUAGCUGCAAAGCUUUUCGAUCACAGCCUGUCUUAAUGAUACUUUUCUUUGUUUUCUCCAGACAUUCCUGUACAAUUAAUAGGAUAUUUUCACAUGAUCAAAUCAGACUGAAACGAGAGCCAAUACCUUUUGUCUGUUGGUCUAAAAUUAUCACUGAGUAAUUAUGGAAGUUCUUAUUUAUAAGCAAUGUGUUGUAAAUGAAUGAUAGUUUACAGAAAACACACUCUGUAAGGUUACUUCUAGUUAAUGUUGUUCAGUGCAGUCAUUGUAUGAUUUGUAUAUAUUGUUUAUACAAGCAUAAAAAUAUUGACUGUUUUCCCUCAAUUUCAAGUACUCACUUGGUCUAGGCCUAGCAUAAUUCUUUAACUGAAUAAAGCACAAUCUACCUCAUA